AUGCGACUUGGAGGAAAACGCGGCGCAAUCAACCGUGCAUAAGGCAGGAAGACAGGCUCCAUCCAUCUCACAAGAGACCACUGACAGUCCGGAGCAAAACGGCCAGUCAAGAGCUGACCUCACCAAUGUGUGGUCCAUUCAGUCGCCCGGAUCCACAGUGUUGAAUCGAUUCUACCAGAUUUCGUUGUUUUUGAUGCUGGUUCGCUGAAGAACUUCGCAAGAGCAUACCCAAGCGUGCAGACUCACAGAGCUGGGGUUAUCCAUUUGCAAUUUUGAAGCAGUGUUUGGUGCAAUCUCUCAGUUGCCAUGAGUGCAUUCGGUGGACCAGGCGGUGGCCAAAUAAACCAAAAGCCUAUCCCUCCACAACGGGGCAGCUUUCCUUUGGAUCACGAUGGCGAGUGCAAGCAUGUCAUGACUUCAUAUCUUGCCUGCAUGAAAAAGGUCAGGGGAGUCAACGAAAACGAGUGUCGUGAGUUUGCCAAGUCGUACCUGGCUUGUCGAAUGGAUCAGUAAGCGACUUCAACUGUCAGAAUCACUUCUCACCGCCAGCACCGCGCUAAAUGGACUAUUGUUGUAGUAAUCUGAUGGCUCGAGAUGAGUUCAAGAACUUGGGUUUCCAAGACCCAGUUAAGGAUAGUUCAAGUAAGGGCGACCCAGGGAAAAAGGGUGAACUGCUCUGGUAACAAAGACCACAAGCGCCCAUGUCAAUAUCUCUGCUCCGUCCAGCGAUACGGGAUAUGGCCCCUUAGCAAUGGACUUACCUGUAAUAUUAGGAUCUCUGUGUAUCCAGACAUUUUGUUACAAUACCCCAAAAUCCACACACAAAUUAAAUUCACGUUAGUUGAUUGUUUCAGUGAGGUGGCCAAUGAACCGUCAGACGACUAAAUUGACAGUUU